AUGCACAAAGAUGGCACAGUUGAGGUAAUUAACAAUAGACAAAAUAGUUUUAAUCAAGGACGUGGAAUCAACGCUCAACCGUUUACUUCCAAGCUUGGAGAAUGGAGAUGUGUUGGAAAAAAUCAAGUUGUGAUUAGCACUGCUGAUUAUACUCUUCAGGUACCUGGUAGUCCUGUUAUAAGUAAAUUAGCUUUUCUUCAAGCCUCGUUGACUUUCACGAACAAUGGUAAAGAUCUGACAGGAACAUUCGGAUACUCACUCUAUAAGCUCGGUGUUUAUCCAACUGAUCCCGGUGCGCAACCAUUGCCUGCUUCUACCGUCGGACCAUACGCAGUUACAGGUCGACGAUUCUAUUUCUUUAAACGUUAA